UGGCCGCGCCGCUACGCCGUAGGCCCGUGGCCUCACGGGUGCGGCAACAGCGUACGGCCCCCGGAAAGAUGUCGCUGCUGCGCUCGCUGCGCUCACUGCGCCUCUGUUUGGUCGCGCGGGCCGGGAGCUGCCCAGUGGGGCCCCUUCUGCUUCAGUCGCCCCAGCCGUGGCAUACAUUUCACGCUGGGCCCUGGCUGUCCUCCUCGGCUUCCAGCAAGGAGCUCCUCAUGAAGCUGCGGCGGAGAACGGGCUACUCCUUUGUAAACUGCAAGAAGGCUCUGGAGACUUGUGGCGGGGAUCUCAAACAGGCAGAGAGCUGGCUCCACAAACAGGCCCAGAAGGAGGGCUGGAGUAAAGCUGCCAGGCUCCAUGGCAGGAAGACCAAAGAAGGUCUGAUUGGGCUGCUGCAGGAAGGAAACACGACUGUGUUAGUAGAGGUGAACUGUGAGACAGAUUUUGUUUCCAGAAAUUUAAAAUUUCAACAAUUGGUCCAGCAAGUAGCCCUGGGAACCCUGUUGCAUUGUCAGAGCCUAAAGGAUCAACUGUCUACAUAUAGUAAAGGCUUCUUGAAUUCCUCUGAGCUCUCUGAACUUCCAGCUGGGCGUGAGAGAGAAGGCUGUCUCAGGGAUCAGCUGGCCUUAGCAAUUGGUGUUCUCCUCUCAGCCAGCCUACACAGGGGCUACUGGAACCACUCCUUCAAAGUUCUUUUCAUCCAGCUCACUCCCUGCUCAAGUGUAUGUGCCUGCCAUGACUCUCCCUCCUGGAGACGGCCUGGACUGGCCAUCGACUCACCAGACCCCUCCCAGCUCUGCUGCAGGAACCCUCUGCUCCAGCUUGGCUGCAAAGAGAAAAAAAGUGACAGCUAGAGGGGGAUGAGGGGCUGCAUUUUUUAAGAUGCGAAAGCCUCGAAUGUGAAAGGUUACCAAUAAAAGCAGAGAGGCUGAAGUUACAGGAAAGGAUCAACUGAUGGAACACAAGCCCCGAGGAGCAGAAGACCCCGAGUUCCUGCGCUGGGCGUGGCCUGGCAGCAGCUCACCUGGUGAGUGGUCCCUUCGAUCUCUACAGGCACUAUGAAGUCAGCGUUGUUGAUUGGCUGGAAGGCAGAAGAGUUAAUGAGUCAGCUAGUGGGAAGGGACAAGAGCCCAGCCACACCCCAGUCCCUGCCACAGCCAGUGCUCCACCCCCUGGGCGGGGUGGGGAGGGACAGAUAUCAGAGGCCCUAGGAAGCUCCUGCUGUCCCAACUAAGUGGCUCUCACCCAAGUACAGGCUGCGACACCCCUUCUGGUUUUCCCUACUUACCACCACCUGCAAAUUCUACCUGAGCUCAGACAGUCUCUGGGCUUUCUUGAGUUAACAAACAUCCUGACAAAAUGGAUAGGGGCAUGGCCCAAGGCUGACUUAACCCCUCUUUUGUACCCCUGUACAGAGCCCUGGUGGCUGUGCUGCGACGGGGCUGGGGGGCAGCUGUAGCCUGUUGUCAGCAACUGCGGAGAGCAGGGGCUCCCACUCAACAUCAUUCUCUGGUGGGGCCUCCAGGUAUGUGAUGCGACUGUGGCCAAAUGCCAGAGGCCGGCCCUCCUACUUCUGAUCACUCUUCCAUCAUCAACUUUAGGCCACUUCACUGGCACCUGCAGUCAGGCUUCCAAGACAGCCCAGGACGAGUGUAAGAAGAGCUCCAGAUGUCCAGUUACCUUAAAGGAGCUAUGCACAAGGGUUUCAUCCAAGUCAAUGACCACGCAGAUUCUUCCUUGAUCUUCCUCUGUCACCUCCGGGAGCAGACAGGUCCCUGGAAUCUAAAACCAGAGCCAGGCUACUGAAUCUGCCACCAAGAAAGACUAAUUUUCCCCAAUAGAACUCUGGGAAGAGCUGGGCCCACUGAGGAGAUGGAAGCCCCCUACUUCAACCCAAGAGAGGGGACACUUAAAGGCCAAGAGGUAGAGAAAGAAGAGACUGAGCUAGCUCCUUCCUUCAGCCUGGGACUGUGAAGUGAUCCGGAUACUGGAGCUGGAGGCCAGAGCUGGUGAUGGAUACCGGCUGUCCCCCGCACAAUCUAAUGCCUUGCACGUGGUGGGCCCUCAGCAAAUAUCUGGGACAAACAGCUUCCAAGGGCAGGGAGUUAGCCAGCCAGACACAGAGGAAUGAGGGCUUCACUGCAUGGGGCAUGGGGUUAGAAGGUAUCACUGGGUGUCGGGGCUUCUGAGGCCAUACCCUGUGAGAUUCACAUACCUGAUAAAACUGGUACUGGAGACACUGGAGCAGAUCCGACUACGGGAGAAAAGAAGGUGGUCAGUGCCAGCCCACUAAUGCCUUUCCUGGUUGUCUAAAGCCCACUUAGGCCUGGAGGGGAAUUUUCUCCCCAAGACCCCAGCCCCCUGGAAAGCUCUGACACGACAAAAGUGACUUUCCUUAAGAGCUGGGCAGGAAAGGGGCCAAAAUCUUCUUUCCACACUCGGCCUGAUGCAGGAUGGAGAAGGAUGUGUCCCUGUUCUCAGCUGCCAUUGCCUCUCCAAGGAACAGGGGACUCAAGCAGCUGAUGCAGGGACACAGAGUCAGAGGCAGAAUCAAAAUCGGAACUCCUCGCUGUGGAGGUCUGGCCUCUUGCUUAGUCCCGAAACCCAGGCUGCUCUUUGAGAACAUGUGUUCUCUCCAUCCUCCUUGGGGGCCUAGAUUAGGGGGAGGUGCACUGAGCCCCUACAAAGCACAAGUAAGCCAAUGUGAGCCCACACUGUGAGUCCUGAAACGUGAGGGGAGGUAGAGUGCAGAGAGCUCAGAAAGCCUCUUCCCGCCUUGGGCUAAUAAGUAAAAUGUUAUAAUGUAACAAGUAAGUGAUCUUAAUGGAAACCCUGAAGAAAAAUUAAAAUCCUAGCACUUAGAAAAACUUAA